CGCAGCACUGCCAUCUAUGCUUCGCAUCCCUCAGCUUGCACCAGAAGGCUCAGUGCUGGCUGUUUUAGAGGCAACCACAGACAGUGCGUCGACAAGCAAGCAGGUUUCAGAGCCUCGCACAGGCUAGGCUGAGUAGGCUCACAGAAGUUUGACGUCAACUCAACACGAUAUCUUUUCCAGCAUGUCGAGCAAAAAUUGGGCCAGCGCACUAGGUCCGGUCAAUGCAGUCGCCAAGUUCCGUUGGGCUACGAAACGCGAGAGAUCAUACAAAAGUAAAGAAGAAGAAGAAGAAGACGAUGGCGAUGAUUUAGAAGAUGAGGAUGAUACUGGGAGAGGACUCGAUCGGGAACGAAGGAAAGGAGUGACCGCAAGGCCCAUGCCGCUAGGCCCAGCUCCGUCCCUACCACGCCUUGGGGAGUACCAAAGUACCCCAAACAGGUAUUCAUUUGCAACUACUUCGUCCGGGCGGCGGGAUUCGUUUGCGCUCGAAGAGCGAUCACCAUUCAACCAAAGUCCAAUGCAAAGAACCGGAAACACGCAUCCGGUUAACGACCAAUAUCGCCACGGCAAUCCAACAGAAAAUCGAGUACCAGGCCUUGAACUUCAUUACCUUUCAACUGGCGCUCAACAAGCCUCUGCAAUCUAUUCUAACCCCUUUUACCAACCUGCAAGCCACUGGGACUCACUCACUAAUUUACCCGGACCGCAUUCCCCCCAACCAAAUUUGGGUCAUCAUAGUCAGCAACCUCCCAUGCAUAGCGGAUUUCAAAACAACAAUUAUCCUUCCACAAACCCGUUUUACCGUUCACAAACAGAUAUCGAGUAUAACCACAAUUUAACGGCAGUAGCAACAACAUCGGAUAAUGUCAAUGUUGCGACACGUCAGGCUUCAGUACGUUGUGAACAUGGUUACAUAAAGUACACCACCCAGACGGAUUGCCCAUAUGGGUGUACGCCGCUUAACCCAUUCCGAGGUAUUCGUUGACUUGUAUUUGAACAGGUCAUUUCUCAAGACUGUACUGUCAUUCUUCCGACAUAUUCGUGAAGUUACGGCUUAAUGUCCACGGGAGAGGAGAUUGCACUACGUGUGCUGUUCUAGAGGUUCUAGGUUUGCGUAACACUUGGGGUUGAAUUUUAUUCUGCCCAAUACGGCACGAUUUUUUCGAGGUCGAAACGUUCUUCUAAGUCACGAACAUCAUGAUACCAUCAAAAGACGGCGUUGAUUGCUUAAGGUUCUUUGUUUUGCGCUGGGUUGCGUCUUCCAAGCCUCUUGUAUAGGCAGUACCUAUUUCGUUGCUGUAUAGAGAGGCAGCAUUUUGAGGAGGCGUAAAGCUAGCUUGUUAUAUAUCAAACAUCAAAACAUCUCUGUCACAUACGAC